AUGGACGCGGAGGAGGAAGAGCUCGAAAGGCUUGUCUUCGGCGAUGUCGCAGGUUUCAAGUCUGGGUUAAAGGUGCUCGAUUACGAGUCAGAGGAGGACGGUGAGCUGUUGGAUGCGAACGUCCGUGGUGGAAAUUCUGCUAGUAAGGGACAGGACAUUUCUGCUCUUCUGGACGAUCAGUUGUUUUUUGUUGAUGCGGGCAACGAUAUGGCGCUCACGCGCCGAGACACGGACGGAGAUGUGGAGAUGGUAUCAAUAGGCAGCGGCGCACAAGCAGUUCCCGAAGAAGCCGACGAACCACCAGCAUGGGAGGACAGCGACGACGAAAAGAUGAUGAUCUCACUUGCAUCGCACGCCCGCAAUCGCAAGCUUCGCGAUACGGAAGCCGACGAUUUCGUGACCGGCAAAGAGUACUCACAACGCCUCCGGCGGCAAUUCGAGCGCAUUUACCCAGUGCCAAAAUGGGCCCGCCCGCCCAAGGCUGACACCAAGCGUCGUCGGCUUUCAGACAGCGAGGAGUCAGAAUCAGACUUGGAAAUAGAUAUUGAUGCCGACAGCACUACCUCUCUCUCUGCGCCUCCGCUCGCGGCGCUCCUCUCCUCCUCCGCGGACCUGACCCUCUCCAAGCUGUCGCAGAAAGCACACAAGCUCCGGCCAGAGGUUAUCGAUAUCGCCCGCCUCGUAGACGCCAAUGUCGCCGCGCCCUCCAAGUCCGCGAUUCAAUGCCUCUCUUUCCACCCUACCCACCCGCUUCUCCUCACCUCCGGUCUCGACUCCACCAUGCGCCUUUACCACAUCGACGGCAAAAUCAACCCCCUCGCCUCCUCCCUUCACAUCCGUCAGUCCGCUCUACAAACCGCACUGAUCCACCCCUCCGGUACCCGCAUUGUCGCCGCCGGUCGCAGAAGAUACUUCCACUCGUGGGACCUGGAGUCUGGAACUGUGGAACGAGUGACCCGAGUUUACGGACACGAGGGCAACCUGCACAGCAUGGAGCGCUUCAACCUCUCGCCGGAUGGAAAACACAUCUCGUUCAUUGGCUCCAAGGGCACGGUCCAGAUUCUCGAUGCGGUCUCGAGCCAGUGGAUAGCCACCGCCAACGUCGAGGGACUAGUCGCCGACAUCUCCUGGCACCCCAGCGGUGAGACUCUUUCCAUCGCCAACACUGUCGGAGAGGUCUAUGAGUACUCACUCCCCACUCGCUCGUUCUCCGCCGUCUGGCGCGACGAGGGUGGUGUUUCCACCACUUGCAUCUCCAACUCCCCCCUCGGGGCCCGCUUCGUAGCAGUUGGUAGCGCCUCAGGUGUGGUGAAUAUCUACGACCGCCGCGUUUCCUUUGGCGGGAAGGGCCCGGGUGCGCUGGGAACAGCGACAGAUCCGAAGCCUGUCAAGACGGUGGAGAGUCUAGUGACCAGUAUUAGCACACUUGAGUUCUCGCGUGAUGGUCAAGUGCUCUGCAUUGCUAGUAAGAACAAGAAGGAUGCGCUGAGACUGGUCCAUCUGCCUAGCUGCACGAUCUAUAAGAACUGGCCGACGUCUGCAACGCCGCUAGGGAAGGUUACUGCUGUCAAAUGGAGUGGUGGGAGUGGAGGAAUGGUUAUGGCCGUGGGCAAUGAGCAAGGCAAAGUCAGGCUAUUUGAAGUUAGGGGAUCAUAG